AUGCCUGUGGUGCCAGUGGGCGGAUCAUCCUCCUCCCAGCAUGUCGUACCUGUCGCUCUCACCUGCUCCUGGAUGGUCUUGCUCUUCCACGCCGCCUUCGGUCAGAAACCCGCCAAGCUGCCUCUGAUUGGUCGGAAGCCGUUCGUCGCCGCCUGGAACGCGCCUCUGGACAUGUGCACCCUCAAGUACAACGUCACCACCAACCUCGAUCGCCUCUUCCACAUUCGAGGGAGCCCUCGUGCCGAUUGGACGGGACAGAACGUCACCAUCUUCUAUGCGAACCGCCUCGGGUACUACCCUCACUACACGCCGGAGGGUGUCGCCGUGCACGGUGGCCUCCCGCAGAACUGCAGCCUGGACCUCCAUCUGUUCAAGGCCUACCAGGACAUCAACCACUUCAUCCCAGCAGAGGACUUCCGCGGCCUGGCCGUCAUCGACUGGGAGUUCUGGCGGCCUCAGUGGAGCCGUAACUGGCACAAGAAGGACAUCUACCGCCAGAAAUCGAGGGAGCUAACGGCGAAGGCGUACAUUAAUGUGACGGAUGCUCAGGUGGAAGAGCUGUCACGACGGCGGUUUGAGAAGAGCGCUAAAGCGUUCAUGCAGAGGACUAUCCAGCUGGGGACACGCCUCCGCCCCAACGGCCACUGGGGUUUCUACCUCUACCCGGACUGCCACAACUACAACCUGCACGAGGAGAACUACACGGGCUUCUGCCCCCUGCUGGAGAGGAUGAGGAACGACGAGCUGCAGUGGUUGUGGAACAGCAGCACGGCGCUCUUCCCCUCCGUGGCGAUCAGGAAAAGUCACAGCAACAGCAUCAGCAACCUGCACUUCACCCAGCACAGGGUCAGAGAGUCGCUCCGCACCGCCUCGCUGACCUCCAAGGAGUACGACCUUCCCACCUACGUGUACCUGAGGCUGGGCUACAGAGACGAGGCCCUGACCUUCCUCACUGCAGUAAGAGCAGAGUUCACCUCCGAGUGGGAGAGAAUUAACACACUGUCCACGGUUACAUGA